GUCAGAAGUGGUGCAGGGCCCUUCCGGCUGCCGGCUUCAGGACUGGCUUUGAAGAGGAGCUGGCACCAGUGGUUUUGUGUGCUGUGCUGCGAUUGUUACUGCAAGGAGCUGAGAAAAGAAUUUGGGUGAGCUUGGAAGCCACGAUAUGAAUACUGUAACCUACGAUGAUGUGCAUGUCAACUUCACUUGGGAAGAGUGGACUUUGCUGGAUCCUUCCCAGAAGAGACUCUACAAAGAUGUGAUGCUGGAGACCUACAGGAACCUCACUGCUAUAGGAUACAGUUGGGAAGACCACAAUAUUGAAGAACAUUGUCAAAGUUAUAGAAGACAUUCAAGGUUUGAAAGAAGUCAAACUGACGGGAAACCUUCUGUAUGUGUUAAAGCCUUUGCAUACGGCAGUCAUCUUCAGUGUAAUGAAAGAACACAUAAUGGAAAGAAACCCUAUGAGUGUAAUCAAUGUGGUAAAGCCUUUGCAUGUUUUAAUCUUCUUCAAACACAUAAGAAAACCCAUACUGGAGAGAAAUCUUAUGAAUGUGAUCAGUGUGGUAAAGCCUUUGCAAGCUACAGUAAUCUUCUAAGGCAUAAAAAAACUCAUUCUGGAGAGAAACCUUAUGAAUGUGAUCAGUGUGGCAAAGCCUUUGCACGUUACAGUAAUCUUCUAAUGCAUGAAAGAAUACAUACUGGAGAGAAACCCUAUAAAUGUAAUCAGUGUGGCAAAGCCUUUGCAUUUCAUACUUCCGUUCAACGUCAUGAAAGAACACAUACUGGACAGAAACCCUAUGCCUGUGAUCAGUGUGGUAAAGCCUUUUCACAACUUUGUCAUCUUAAAGUGCAUGUAAUUACACAUACCGGAGAGAAACCCUAUGAAUGUCAUCAAUGUGGUAAAGCCUUUGCACGUCACAAUCAUCUUCUAAUGCAUGAAAGAAUACAUACUGGAGAGAAUCCAUAUGAAUGUAAUCAGUGUAAUAAAGCCUUUGCGUAUCAUAGUUCUCUUCAAUGCCAUGAAAGAACCCAUACUGGACAGAAACCCUAUAAAUGUGAUCAGUGUGGUAAAGCCUUUUCACAACUUUGUAAUCUUAAAGUGCAUGUAAUUACACAUACUGAAAAGAAACCCUAUGAAUGUAAUCAGUGUGGCAAAGCCUUUGCACGUCACAGUCGUCUUCUAAUGCACGAAAGAAUACACACCAGAGAGAAACCAUAUGAAUGUAAUCAGUGUGGUAAAGCCUUUGCGUGUCACAGUUCUCUUCAACGUCAUGAAAGAACCCAUACUGGGCAGAAAUCCUAUGAAUGUAUUCAAUGUGGUAAAGCCUUUUCACAACUCAGUAAUCUUCUAAUGCAUGAAAGAAUACAUACUGGAGAGAAACCCUAUAAAUGUAAUCAAUGUGCUAAAGCCUUUGUACAUCGUGGUCAUCUUCAACGGCAUGAAAGAAUACAUACUGGAGAGAAACCAUAUGAAUGUGAUCAAUGUGGUAAAGCCUUUUCACAACUUUGUAAUCUUAAAGUGCAUGUAAUUACACAUACUGAAAAGAAACCCUAUGAAUGUCAUCAAUGUGGUAAAGCCUUUGCACGUCACAAUCACCUUCUAAUGCAUAAAAGAGCACAUAGUGGAGAGAAACCAUAUGAAUGUAAUCCGUGUGAUAAAGCCUUUGCGUGUCACAGUUCUCUUCAACGCCAUGAAAGAACCCAUACUGGACAGAAACCCUAUGCCUGUGAUCAGUGUGGUAAAGCCUUUUCACAACUUUGUAAUCUUAAAGUGCAUGUAAUUACACAUACUGAAAAGAAACCCUAUGAAUGUAAUCAGUGUGGCAAAGCAUUUGCAUAUCACAGUCAUCUUCUAAUGCAUGAAAGAAUACAUAUUGGAGAGAAACCAUAUGAAUGUAAUCAGUGUGAUAAAGCCUUUGCGUGUCACAGUUCUCUGCAAUGCCAUGAAAGAACCCAUACUGGACAGAAACCCUAUGAAUGUAUUCAAUGUGGCAAAGCCUUUUCACAACUCAGUAAUCUUCUAAUGCAUGAAAGGAAACAUACUGGAGAGAAACCCUAUGAAUGUAAUCAAUGUGCUAAAGCCUUUGCAUAUCUUGGUCAUCUUCAACGGCAUGAAAGAAUACAUACUGGAGAGAAACCAUAUGAAUGUAAUCAAUGUGGUAAAGCCUUUGCAUUUAUCAAUAGUUUUAAAAAUCAUGUGAAAAAAUCACACUGCAGAGAAACCACAUAUAUGUAGUCAAUGUGGUAAAGUUUUUGUACUUUAUACAGGAG